AUGCGAGUGCUUUUCUGCCCGUGUCUGUAUUGGUCCGUAGACUAUGUGCAUGGCCUUUUCUCCACCCAUUGCUGCAAGGGAAUAGGCGUAGGCAAGGAUGGUGCGCAGACCGGAAUAGCAAAGAGGAUGAAAGGCCAAGCUAGGUCACUGAACCUUGCUUGGAAAGUCCUUGGUGGGAACGAGAUGGAUGGUUGUGGCGGGUACCUGAAAAGUCCUAGACAGGCCUGCAGUGGACGAUCAAGGAGAAGAAAGUAUGGGAGAAAGCAACAAGGCAAAGUGAAGUUGCAGGUGGACAAUCACAUGUCAAUGGAAAGCAGUUUGCGCACCUUGAACAUGCAGCAGGAGCAGCAACAGGAGCAACGAUGGCAGCUGUGGAAGGUGCUGAUGGAGCCUCAAUUGCCCAGGGCAGAGCUCAGAUCGUUUGCUGGAGCUCUUAUCGAUUGA